ACUACUGCAACAACGGGACACACACACACACACGCGCGCGCACUUCCGCGUUGCGUUUUUAAAAAGCGCGUGCGAUCCGUUUGCAUGUGUUAUAACGGGACGGUUAUCGAGCGCUCGCGACUCGAGUGAAGGAGUGAAGAAGUGCCGUUAUUUUUCCGUUACAGGAAGCAGAGAAUUUGGACCGGUUUCCUCAUUUCCGUCCUAAAGGUCUUUGAUGUGGCCGUUAGCUAACGGCUAAAACAGAAGGGGGAAGGAAACCGGAACACCGGGAUGCGACAGGGCGAGCAGUGAUGCGCGCGGGGUUAUAAAUAUCGUGUAGGGACGCGGUGAUAAUCCGGGAACCGGAUGUGGAACCGGACAGCAAGGAGAUGAUUUGACAUCUGAGCUGUUCGAGCUGUAGUGGAAUGAGGAGCUUUCCGGUGUCGAGUUAAACACACCGGAACCGUUUACCAGCCACCCUUCAUUCCCACAAUCAUCCGGGUCCGAACAUGGACGAUACCGGCAUCAUCCGGCGCAGGAGGCUGCAGAAGGACCUUCCUCUGCCACGUAAAAGCAGCAGCUGCCGCGCCAGUAACAGAAAGAGUCUGAUCCUCACCUCGACCUCACCCACUUUACCUCGUGCUCACUCUCCUCUGCUUGGACACCUCGGAAGCAGCCCGUUAGACAGCCCUCGCAACUUCUCCCCCAGCAAUCCGGCACAUUUCUCCUUCACAGCCUCGUCUAGACGGGACGGACGGCGUUGGUCUCUUGCUUCUCUUCCUUCUUCUGGUUAUGGCACCAAUACACCGAGCUCAACGUCGUCCAGUUCGUCUCAGGAGCGUCUGCACCAGUUGUCCUAUCAGCCCUCCAUGGACGAGCUGCUCUUCCUGUCCAAACACUUCGGCAGCACUGAGAGCAUCACGGAUGAUGACGGGGGUCGGAGCUCUCCGCACACACGCCCACGCUCACGGAGUCUUAGCCCCGGAAGAUCUGCUUCCGGCUACGACAACGAGAUCAUGAUGAUGAACCAUGUGUACAAAGAGCGCUUUCCAAAGGCGACGGCCCAGAUGGAGGGGCGUUUAGCAGACUUCAUCCACUCGUUCUCUCCGGACAACGUCCUCCCUCUGGCUGAUGGUGUCCUAAGCUUCAUCCACCACCAGAUCAUUGAGUUGUCCAGAGACUGCCUGAACAAAUCCGGCGAAGACCUCAUCACCACUGUCUACUUCUGCGAGCUGCAGGAGAACCUCGACAAACUGCUGCACGAUGCGUACGAGCGGUCAGAGAGUUCAGAGCUGACCUUCAUCACAGAGCUGGUGAAGAAGCUUUUUAUCAUCAUCUCUCGUCCAGCACGACUCUUGGAAUGCCUGGAGUUUAACCCUGAGGACUUUUACCACCUGCUGGAGGCGGCUGAGGACCACGCUAAAGAGGGACACCUGAUGAAGACCGACAUUCCGCGCUACAUCAUCAACCAACUCGGCCUCACCAGAGACCCUCUGGAAGAUAUGGUCAAUCUGGAGAGUUAUGACAGCGAGGGACCCUUGACACCGGAGACUGAUGACUCUACAGAGGGGAAGAUAAAGGUGAUGAAGCCUCCUGGAGAAGCUGAUUUCCAAACCAUCAAACUGAUCAGUAACGGUGCCUAUGGGGCGGUGUAUCUAGUGCGCCACCGAGAGACCCGUCAGCGUUUUGCCAUGAAGAAGAUCAACAAACAGAACCUGAUCCUGAGGAACCAGAUCCAGCAAGCCUUCGUAGAGAGAGACAUCCUCACGUUUGCCGAGAACCCGUUCGUCGUCAGCAUGUUCUGCUCCUUCGAGACCCGCCGACACCUCUGUAUGGUCAUGGAGUACGUGGAAGGAGGAGACUGUGCCACGCUGCUGAAGCACAUCGGAGCUCUGCCUGUAGAGAUGGCACGCAUGUACUUUGCAGAGACCGUCCUUGCGCUCGAGUACAUCCACAACUACGGCGUGGUGCACCGAGACCUCAAACCUGACAACCUGCUGAUCACAUCUAUGGGACACAUUAAGCUGACUGAUUUCGGUUUGUCGAAAAUGGGACUGAUGAGUCUCACAACGAACCUGUAUGAGGGCCACAUCGAGAAGGACACCAGAGAGUUCCUAGAUAAACAGGUGUGCGGCACGCCCGAGUACAUCGCCCCGGAGGUUAUCUUACGGCAGGGUUACGGGAAACCUGUGGACUGGUGGGCAAUGGGCAUCAUCCUCUAUGAGUUCCUGGUGGGCUGCGUGCCUUUCUUCGGGGACACACCUGAGGAGCUGUUCGGCCAAGUGAUCAGCGAUGACAUCGUGUGGCCUGAAGGUGAUGACGCACUUCCGGUUGAUGCCCAGCGCCUCAUUUCUGCCCUGCUGCAAACCAACCCACUGCUCCGCCUGGGCACAGGAGGUGCAGUUGAAGUGAAACAUCACCAUUUUUUUGCUGAUUUGGACUGGAACAGUUUACUGAGGCAGAAAGCUGAGUUCGUCCCUCAUCUGGAGUCGGAGGAGGACACCAGCUACUUUGACACACGCUCGGACCGCUACCAUCACAUUCACUCGUUCGACGAAGACGACACCAAUGACGACGAGCCCGUCGAGAUCCGACGUUUCUCCUCCUGCUCGCCUCGCUUCAGCAAGGUGUACAGCAGCAUGGAGCACCUUUCUCAGCUCGAGCACAAGCCUGUGGUGACCCGCAGGGAGCCCAGAGGACAUCGGGAGGACCGGGCCAAGAGGGAGAGCCUGGGCAGCUUCACCCUGAGGGACAAAACGUGGAGGACGGGGUCUCCUGAGAUGAAGCGUUUAUCCUGCUCGGAAUACUCCUUUACCGAGUCCGACUCAAGUCCCCCUGGUAUCCGCCGCCGUUUCUCUGCUCUCAUGGACACACACCGCGUCCCCUCUCCUUUAGAGACAGACACCGAGACACACCCCCGCCACACACCGAUCAAAACCAGAGGCACAUCACUAGAGGGCGCUACGAUGGCAUCGGGGGCAGGUGCGGGUGGGGCUGAGUCCUCUGCUGCAGCUCCGACAGCACAAGGUUUAGAUAAACUCCUGAAGCCUGCUGAUGCAGCUGCGACGGCAGCACCGUUCGGACCCCGAGCCCCGAACGAAGUGGUCCUGCGGCGAGCCCGGCAUCAGCACCUCUCGAGUGAAGGAGAGAAACAGACUCCGACCCGCUCUGGCACAAAGGUCAUCAAGUCAGCGUCCGCCUCAGCCUUAUCUGUCAUUAUACCUGCAGUAGAGCAACACGGGACGUCCCCACUGGCCAGCCCCAUGUCACCCCGCUCCAUAUCGUCCAACCCGUCGUCCCGAGACUCGUCCCCCAGCCGUGAUUACUCUCCGUCCAUCAGCACUUUGCGGUCUCCCAUCACCAUCCAACGCUCUGGGAAGAGAUACGGCUUUACGCUGCGUGCCAUCCGAGUCUACAUGGGGGACACCAACGUCUACAGCGUCCACCACAUGGUCUGGCAUGUGGAGUGUGGAGGCCCCGCGCAGGAAGCAGGUCUGUGUGCUGGGGACCUCAUUACGCAUGUGAACGGAGAAUCUGUGCACGGCCUGGUUCAUACUGAAGUGGUGGAGCUCAUUCUGAAGAGUGGGAAUAAAGUGACCGUGACCACAACUCCAUUCGAGAACACCUCCAUUAAGAUCGGGCCGGCACGGAAGCCCAGCACCAGGGCCAAGAUGGCGCGACGCAACAAGAAAUCCAUCACCAAGGAGGGACAGGAGAGUAAAAAACGAAGCUCUUUGUUCCGUAAGAUUACUAAACAGUCUAAUCUGCUCCACACCAGCCGCAGUCUUUCCUCUUUGAAUCGCUCGUUGUCAUCCGGAGACAGUCUCCCCGGAUCUCCCACCCACGGCCUGUACGCCCGCUCACCCCCUGACUCCGCCCACCUCGGCAUGUCAUCCCAGAGCAGCUCUCCGGCAUCCUCCACUCCCAAUUCUCCAGCUACGUCUCAUCACAUGCGCCCUAGUUCUCUGCACGGCUUGUCCCCUAAACUGCAGCGCCAGUUCCGCUCGUCUCGCUGUAAAUCAGCCGGGAGCGUCCCCCUGUCUCCGCUGGCACACACUCCGUCACCGAGCACGGCCAGCGCCUCCUCGACUUUCCCCACCAAGCUGCACUCCUCACCACCGAUAACACGGCCUCGAUCACCUCUGCUCACUCGGGUGCAGUCGACCGAGAAGCCGGCUCCGCCCUCUCCGCCUUCGUUCGCUUCCUUUCCAUCAUCGGCAGAGAAAAAAGGCGGCCUCCGGAAACAUGGAGUGGAGGAAUACCGCAUGCUGCAAAGUCUGCUGGAGAUUGAAGGUGAAAAUGCGCUCGCUGAUACCCUCCAGACGACAAACAAGCAGGACGUGCCCUCAGCUCCUGAUUUGACAGCAAGUGCCAAGGAGAAACUGUCUGAAGGGACAGGGACAAGUUCAACCAAAACCCAGGAUUCCGUCAAAGCCUUAACUAUGGCAAGCUGCGACCCAGCAAAGCAAGACAAAUUCACACCAAAGAGCCCAGCCACGAAGGAUACGACCUCUGACAUUAAAGAAAAACCCAGAGGAAAGAUGCCUUUUUUGAGCAUGGAAAAAGUUGCAUCAAAAAUGCCAGAACAGCCGGCGGAGGCUGGGAAAGAACGAGAGAAAGGAAAAGCCAUGUGGGAGAAUGACCCAAAAGCUAAAUCUGAGAUGCAAGAUUUAGGAAGGUGUACAAAACCCCCCCAGACUGCAGCCGUUAAGAUGGAAGUCAAAAGUGGAGGUGCAGAGUGCAAGACUAAAGCUCCAGCACCUGCAGCGACGGAUGCAGGAGGUCUGCAAAUGAAAUUCAAAGAGGGAAAGAGUUCAGUCCAUUCCGGGUCAAUCCGGACCCUCAGAGAAGAGCGAUCUCACUUAGAGGUUUUGGAGGAAAGCCCGGCUUCCCCGUCACCUUCCACACCAUCUCCCAGCACUGGCAAAUCACGCACCAUCUCCCCUGGUGAUCGCUCAAGCUUUGUCACUCAGCUCACCAGCGUCGCCAAAACUGUGCUUGGGCCCAUGAAGCUGGGAUCGCAGGAUGGUGGGAAAGGGAAGGACUCCAGCACCAAAACGAGCGAGGACAAGAGAGCAGGGACACUGGGAAAAUCUGAGGCGUCUUCAGGGGCCUGGCGCAUAGCGACGGGAACAUGGCCUGGCCCAGGAUCCUCAAAAUCAAAGAGCUCUAACAAGCAUUCCUGAACGUCCUGUUUGUCAAAGGUGGAUGAAGACGCAAAGUUAAGCGAUGACCUAAUACUUCCACAAUCACCAAAUCAACACUUAACAAAAAAAACAAAAAAAGCAAGGUGCUCUCAAAAAGUCCACAUAGAUGCAUGUAUGCGUACAGACUUUUUUUUUUAAAUCUGCAGUAUGUAACUUUUCUAGAACGAAAAACGAUUCCGAGUUAAACUUCGCUAACAUCAGUAGUAACAAGUCCGUUUACAUUCAUGUAGUAUUAAAGCGAUGCCGAGGCUCAUGGUCUCGAGCCCUGAUGGCCUUUAUCCCGUGCUAGAAAAUCUUGUUUAGACUUUAGAUUUAGAUCCUGAAAUUGAAUAAGGAGUAGACGUUAAGUCAAAAAUUGGAUCACGUGACAUCCUUUGGAAAAUUGUUAGCUAGCCUGCAACCAUUGCUACAUAGUAAAAAAAACUGUUUGCUAAAUGUACUAAAUAUUGUAGCUCAUCGAAAAAAGUUACAUACUGCAGCUUUAAUGUAAACGUAACACCAGAUUAGUGUAGAGCAUAACAAGCGCUGUGUGUAGCUGCAUGGUAAAUAUUGUGAAUAAAAGAAAAAUUAAUAGAGAACAUUAUAUAAAAAAUAAAAGAAUAAAUACUACGCAAAGACCUGAUGCUAGUGAACACUGUACACAUCCGAUCGUCAUAACUGCCCGGUCUCUAUAGCAACAGCAUGUCCACAAUGUUAUCCCGAACGGCGAUAGGCUGUAAACCUGUCAAUCAUUACGUCUAAUACAAAGCGGCAAAUAAAAGAAUAGAUAUCUGCAUACCUGAAGAGGCACAAAACACCGUCCAGGGUUUGCUAAUAAGGUGGAACGACUCACUGCCUUAUUUACGUCCUGAUCGGUGUGAAGGGAGUAUUUAAUGUCCCAGAGAAUGGGGAGCAAAACAUUGAGGUAUUUUAAGUGGUCUAGUGGGCGUGGCCUAAUAUUUUAAUUAGCUUUAUUUCAACUUCAUUGAGAAAUGAAAACCAGGAUACACCUUUAGACGAGAUAAGUUAUUUUGCUAGGUUAGCUUUCUCUUUAAGGUUAGCGUUCUCUCGCUAAGGUUAGCAUAUUUUUACCCUAAAGUUAACGUUCUCUUUAAGGUUAACAUUCACAGGCUAAGGUUAGCUUUCUCUCUAAGGUUAGCUUUCUCUCUAAGGUUAACUCUCGCUUAGGUUAGCUUUCUCUUUCAGGUUAGCUUUCUCACACUUAGCUUAGCAUUCUCUUCAAGUUAGCUUAGUCUUUAAGGUUAGCUUUCUCUUUCAGGUUAGCUUUCUCACACUUAGCUUAGCUUUCUCUCCAAGUUAGCUUAGUCUUUAAGGUUAGCUUUCUCUCUCAAAAAGUUAGCUCUUUUUCCAAGGUUCUUGUAUUUUAGUGGUUAAGGCUCUGGUUUAGCGAUCAGAGAGCUGGCCUUCAAGCCCCAGUAUCGCCAAGCUGCCACUCCUGGGUCUCUUGAGCAAGGCCCUUAACCCUCUUUGCUCCAGGGGCACUGUAUCAUGGCUGACCAGAGCUUCCAAACAUCUCUGAGGUUUGCAAAGAAAGAAUUUCAUUGUGCUGAUGAGAUGACAUCGUCCUUGUGAUUGGUGGGAAUGAAGCGAUACACAUAGAUCGCUGACAUCAGCCCUGCUAACUUCACAUCAGUUCCUGUAUUUUCACCCAUGGCCUCGAAACCACAUUAACCUCAACCUUGCUGCAGAAUUCUGAAUUCUGAUUGGUCAGAAAGUGUCUGUUCAUUUUCUACAGCAGCAGAAGCUCCAUCAGUGGUACAGCAAAGUGUGUGGACACGCCAUCGUUCAUCUACAGUUCCAUCACAGGGACUCGUACACCAUCACACUAUAUUUAUUUCUCUGGGGCUUUAAAUACUGAACCUGAACGGGGAAAUGUUCGAACAAAUUCAACUUGAAUGAAUAAAAAGAAAGAAAGAAAGAAAAAGAAAAUGAACUGGAGCGUGUGUGUGUGUGUGUGUGUGUGUGUGUGUUAAACUCUUCCUACAUAUGCAACGAGAGCUUUCUCCUGUGUCUAAUUUAAUGUAGAUGUUGUGAUAUUUUUUUUUCCUAUUCCUUACUCGACUACAUUUUAUACUCCGUGUGUGUAAAUUUGUGUGCGUGUGUAGAUGUGUGUGUGUGUGUGUGUGUGUCGAUGUGAUUUCCGACAGUUAGUAAGUGGCAAAUGAUGUUUAUUUGCUUGUUUACACUGAGUAUUGCCUCGCAUCUUAGUCGACAUCCGGAACGUUCCAUUAGAUGAACAGUGCUGGAGUGUGUUUGAUUGCCAUGUUGUGCUUUCACGUUCGUGGACGUUUUAACGGUGCGAUGUGUAACGUUUAAAAGAUAUACGAUACAAUAACGAUAUCGCUCCUCCGCCAUUGCCUUUUACAGCACUGUCAUUAUGUUUUAGCUGUACCGAGGUGUGCUUCGACUCAAACCUGCCUCCUAGUGGACAAAGCCUUAAUCAUACCAAACAUCUCAAGACUGAGUGGGCCACAUCAGAGCUCAGUAGACUUUGAAAGCUGAUCACGUGAUAUUUCACGUGUCGAAGCAUUCGGUAAUUAUAGCCACGACUACAUUUAAUUACAAGGGGUUCAUUAUGGGUUACAAUAUUCGUUUCUUAUUCGAAUAUUCGUAGCAUCUCAGUUGUGUAAGAUUUUACAGCACACAAGAAAAAGACGAGGAAAAUUGAACCACGUCAUUCCGUGACACGUUUAGACUGGCGUUCUCGGUGGUUAGUAGCAAACAAAAACAACCCGUAGCGAUCAUUUCGUUCGUGACAUCCUGCCUCGAAAUCGACACAGUGUGUAGCAAUUAAAUGACACACACAAUAGUUUAAAAACGUAUAGUAUACAAACACAACAAUAUCAAAACGUGAAAUAUUUCAGUUAGCACAUCAACCGCUUACACACACGCUCAUGGUUUACUUUAGCAGGCAGGAGGCGCUCUCUGCCCAGUGUGUGUGUGUGGGUGUGUGUGUCCUGCGCCACUCUGUAGUAGUGUGUUUGACGAAAACGUAUGUCGUAGCUGAUGUCGUGUGUGAACCGUCUUGAGUAGCUCGGUGUGUAGAUGUAGGCGUACACUGUUUAACACUUCCCUGUCAUGGAAUUAAAAACCACUGUAAAAAAAAAAGCACUUUAUUUAUCUCCAGGUGUUAGAGGGGCUCCGAGCAAAACUGACAUGGCUCUGUGUGUGUGAGUGGAUGAGUGUGUGUCGUUUAGGAGCUGUUAUGUGGUUUCCUUCAACUAAUAUGCACUGUACAGUUCAAACAGUCACAGAUGCUAACGUGUCGUUGUGUGGAUCGUCGAAAACGUCUUUUCCUGACAUUUUCUGUCAGAUUUUUCCCCUAGAUUGUGAGAUAAAAAAAAAAAGCCACAUGCUUAUGUAUAUGUUGCCCCUCAAUACUAACUUUCUGGAUGUCGCCACCUGCUGGCGGAAGUGCUUGAACCCCUGGGAUACCUGUUUUCGCUUGUUUACGUUAGGUAUUUCAUUUAUUUAGAUUUUAUUCGCUGUAACUGAUUAGCAUGUAUAAAUUUCAAUACAUGGAUGUACAUGGAUUUUUUUUUUUUGAACUUUGUGGCGUUUUAUCAUCGAGUGCUUGUUUUUGUUUUUUUUUCUACUGUAUAUUAUCAUUUUGUUUUCUUCUCAAUUUCGUUUUUCUCAGGCAACGUUGUGAAGCAAUGCAAAACGAAAGAGGCUGAAGUGCAGUAAUAAUAAAAAAAUAUAUAUAGUAA